AUGACGAAGGCUGUGAACUUCUUAUGGGAGGAAUUCAAGAAAAGGUUUGGUAAAUACCCGGAAGUUGCUCAGUUCGACGCGGGAAAGGUAUUCUACAAUGUUGAUGUUAGGGACCUUUUACAAAAACACAACGUCCGUUAUUUUUCCACUAACUCCGACAGAAAGGCAGCUAUCGUUGAAAGAUUUAACAGAACCUUGAAGACAAUGAUGUGGAAGUAUUUCUACAACAGGGGAACUUACAAUUGGGUCGACGCCUUAAGCAAGCUUACGAACAACUACAAUCAUACCAAACACAGCAGUAUAAUAAUGAGACCUGCCGACGUAAGCAAGUCGAACAAGGACCAGGUAUGGAUCACGCUAUACGGUCACGGAUUAGGGGAAUUUCCAUUACCUAAAUUUAGGGUUGAUGAUACGGUCCGGAUAACAAAGUACAAAAAUAUCUUUACCAAGGGAUACGAAGCAAACUUUACGGAAGAGAUAUUCAAAGUUGUAAAAGUAUUCAGGGGAGAUCCCAACAUGUACGAAAUAGAAAGUCAUGACGGAUAA